CUGUUGAGGGAUCUUUAUUAAUAGAAGAAGAAAAUACUUCAUUAUCAUUCUUUGUAUCUCAGCUAUACAAUAAAUCAUUUUUAAAUCCUAUUACAAGAUCAAAUAGCCCAGUAUCAGAAAGUAGAAGUACAACUGAUAAUGAAAUUUAUGAUAAGCCUACUCCAAAAAAAACUAAAUUAAGUCAAAAAGACAAACUAAUUAGCAAUACAAGUUAUUCUGAUGAAGAAUUAAAUAUAGAUUAUGAAACAGAUGGCUUGGCAUUUGAUGAUAUUAGAUUUCUUGAUGCUCAAGAAGAGGAAGAAGAGGGUUCUAAAAAAAGAAAAAUCAAUAUCAAUAUACCCACUGAUACUACGAAUAUAAAGCUUAAAAUUAAAAAUACCCUAUAUAAUACGCUUUUAUACUAUUAG